UGCGGCGCAGCAGUGCGCACGACAAGCACCACUGUGAAGAGACCACGCUUUAAGGAUGUCGUCUGGCCAAGAUGGACUUCCUUUAAUGCCCUUCUGAUGGCUUACAAUUUCUUGUCCCGCAUUUCGGAUCAUACUUUGUCAUAAAACCCCGCUUUAAAUCGUGUGCAAAGCUACUUUUUACGCACCAAGAUGGGAUCAGAGAAGCCUAACUUUCUGUCCCAACCUGUGGUGAAGAACGUCUUCAUGUACCGCAAUGGUGACCCAUACUACGAGGCUCGAAGGAUUGUGAUUAACCAGAAGAGAGUAUGCAAUUUUGAGACCUUGCUGAGAGAAGUGACGGGUGGCAUCAAGGCGCCUUUUGGAGCGGUGAGGAACAUCUACACUCCUCGUGGAGGACACAAAGUGGACUGUCUGGACAGCCUUCAGAGUGGGGAGCAGUAUGUCGCUGCUGGGAGGGAGAGAUUUAAAAAGUUAGAUUAUUUACAGAUCGGUUCCAGAAAGAAGAGGAUGUUGCAAAAUCUUCCAUUUCAGCCCAAACCACUUCCAUCAAAUCGGAUAUCUGUGUCAGCCAGAUUCCUGAAACCAAUUAAGGAGCCAUGUCCAAUCUUUGUGGUGGCUAACGGGGACACUCUGAACCCUGCGAUAAGGCUGCUGAUCCACCAGAGGAUGCUGAGCCAGUUUGAAAGAAUACUAGAGAUGAUCACAGAGAAGAUGGGUUUGAGAGUCCUUGGCGGCGUGAGAAGUCUUUUCACUUAUGAAGGCCAGCAGGUGACCGAUGGCACUCAGCUGGAGAGUGGUCAGCUGUACGUGGCCGUGGGCAGAGAAAGAUUUAAGAAGCUCUCCUACAGUGACCUCCUCUUCAGCAAACCUCGAGGGGCGCGGAGAGCCAAUGGAAUGAAAACGUGCACUCUGCCACCAAUCUACAGAUUCCCAAAACAAAAUGGAAAUAGUAAGUCGGUGGUCCGGUGCGGUGACAGUGGAGGGAGUGAGUCGAAGGCCUCGCCUCCAAGCCACAAUGGCAGCAACAAGGAGCACCUGUCCUCCAUCGUGAGAGAGAUCUCUCAAGCCAGACUCCUCUCCCUAAGAAAGAAGAGGAGCGGACAGAGCAUGAGCCUGGGUCUCUGUGACAAUGAUGACUUAGAUUCGAAGACUGAUGGUGGAAAUUGUGAUCGGCAAUCUCCUCAAGACCAGCCAGCUGAAGAGGAACCUACAUCAGGUGAUACAAAAUCAUCAGCGGGCAAUGAUGAAAAGGCUGAAGAGGAGGAAGCCUCUGAUGAAAAUACCACUGACAAGGACACUUCCGUCAGUAAAGAAGAACAAGCAGAUAAGGAGAUGAAUGGUCAGACAAAGGGAGACACAGAGGAUGAAACUGGGGCAGCAAAGAGUGAAUAUGAGGAAGACGUCUCUGAAGAGCAGGCAGGGAAGAAAGAAGUGGAGGAGAAUAAAGAGGCCUUGGAUGAGAGUAAGGAUGCCGUGCAUGAGAGUAACGAGGCCUUAGAUGACUGCAAGGAUGACUUAGAUGAGGACAAGGAUUCCUUAGAUGAGAGUACAGAGAUUUCAGAUGAGAAUGAGGAGGCCCCAGAUGAGAGAAAUGAAAUCUCAGAUGAGAAUAAGGAGGUUUUGGAUGAGAGUAAGGAAUCAGUUACACAUGAGACUGAGGGGAAGACUGCAGAUGUCAGUGAGGGGGCAGCAGAUGAAAGUAAGGAUUCAGAUGACAGUCAUGACGACAAUGCAGAGAACAGUAAAAAGGAGUCUGCAGACGAGCAAAAUGAGGAGGUUGCUGAUGAAAAUGAAGAGGUUGCUGAUGAAAAUAAGGAGGAGCUUGCAGAUGAGCGUAAGGAGGAAGACACUAAUGAGAAAAAGGAGGCGCAUGCAGAUGAGAGUAAGGAGGAAGACACUAAUGAGAAAAAGGAUGAGCUUGCAGAUGAGAGUAAGGAGGAAGUCACCAAUGAGAAUAAAGAGCAAAUCACAGAUGAGAGUAAGGAUGAGGUAGCAGAUGGGGUUUCAGAUGACGAGGUUGAUGAUGAGGUUACAAAUAAGAGUAACGGUGAAAAUAAGUCUCUUCCACCUUCUGAGGACCAAAAUAAUGAGUGUGACGAAAAUAUUAACGACAAUACCAAAGAUCACAUUCAUAAAGAUGAAAGUGGUGAGGAUCAUAACGAGAACAAACAGCACAGUGACCAAGAAAAAAGUCAAUAGCAGAAGAAGCAAUAACGAGGAAAUGGAGCCCUUCAUUGGAAGACUAACAUCUUAAAGAUUCCACCUUAACUGGAGAUAGAAGUGCGACUAACAAAUGAUGAUGAUGGUGGGAUAUACCGAUAGUAAUCUACAUUUAAUCAAACAAUAAGGUAGAGAAGUAAGAAAUAAUCACAAAUACAAGAUUAGCUUAAGAAUGGCAUUCAUAUUUUAUAGUCAGUUUUAAAAAAGAAGCAUUAGAUGGAUAGGAACUCAAUACUUGACCAUAAUGUUGCUUUAGCUUUGGAUGGCUGACUGCUGAAUGGUGAUAAGAUGUUUGGAAGACGUAAUACAGGGGUCACCAACGUGGUGCCCGCGGGCACCAGGUAGCCCCCCACGACCACAUGAGGUGCAUUCUGAAACAGCUAUGUAUGUAUUCUGAAACAUAAAAUGUGAGUUGUGGAUACCAGCAUUUUGUGAAUGUUUUGGUAAAACAAGCAUAUUUGAUCUGUUUGGGUUGAAAUAAGGUAUGAAAAUCAUUUCUACAAAAAUGAGUAGCUCGUGGCCAUUUUCAUUUUCUAAAAGUAGCUCUCGCAAGAAAAAACGUUGGUGGCCCCUGACGUAAUAGAAAAAAUAUAUCUUGACAACCACUGACACUAAUAUAAAAUCCUAUGGGUUUUUUUUUUGAUAUUUGUUGAUUGCAGAGAGUGCUUUCCUAUUGAUAUAACAUUUGGUGACAUAUUCACAUUUUACAUUUUCACUUGAAACUCAAGGAAACAAUAGUUUCACUAUACGACCUCACACUGUAAGCAUUAAAAUGUUCUGCAUUACAAUAUGAUAACAUCUUCUUUGUAAAACUGUCUAACCACUGUGUGUACAUGAAUCUGUUGAUGAUGACAUUAAAUUAUUCUUUGGUUCGGUUGAUUGACUUGAGUAUUCCUAUGUAUAAGUGUGUGUGUGUGUGUGUGUGUAUGGGGGGGUAUAAAACUGUGUAUAAAACGAAGACAUCCACAACAUGAACUUCUAAGCACAAAAUUAAUACAAACCAUUCAAUAUCAGUACAAGCCUGACAUUUGUAAUGGAAGAUUGUACUGUUGAUUUGGAUGAAUAUGCUUCUGCUGUUACUGGCUACAUUAGCACAUGUAUAGAGACUGUUACCACCACCAAGUAUUACAGAAAAUACCCUAACCAAAAACAGUGGAUGAACUGUG